AUGGUAAAUUGCGCUAUCCCCCGACUAAUGAAAGCUUGCUGUUUCCCUAGCGAGAACUGCUUCCCCAAUUUGAAAUGUAAUAGCUCAAAGAAAGCGCACAGGGGUGACAAGCAUUUGGCGCAAUACGAUCCGCUGAGUAUGCACCCUGGAUUUUACAACAACUGGGAAAAUUACCUAAGGGAAGUCAUCCCCAUUUUGGGCUCCUCCGUUGAAGUUAACAAAAGAGGGAAAUUGAAAAUAUGGCAGCGGGGGAGAAGUAAGGCUGUUAGUUGCGCGAGGGAGGAGAAUGAAGGAGUUAAGAGGCGGAGAAGUUGGGGGAUGUGUAUUGGAAGGUGCUCUCGAGGAAGAGCUAAAAACGGGGCAGCAAAAGGGGCGCGGAAGAAUGUGAGCAAAUGUAGGGGGAAAGCAUCUGGAAAUUUUAUAGAUCAAGGUGCUCCAGGAAGGGACAGCCAAGUGGUGAGCCAAAGCAAAGGGACGAACAGAACCAGCGUCCCCUCAACUGCGAAAGGAUUAGACCAAGUGAAAAACGGAUGUUACAGUGCGGUCGAGAGAAAGCACCCCAAACAGUACGUACAUAAGGAAGUGGUUGAAAAUGAACGAAGCAGAAAUUUAUCAGUGGAAACCAAUAUAAACAGCAGCAGGCACAGACUUAAAAGUAGUGGAGAUGGAGACAUAAAACGGGACGGCAGAAAAACGAGUAGCGUUACUAAUGACGCACGUAGUUACACUCAGCGCAGAGAAAGAGAACAGGAAGUGUAUAUUAAAAAAAUUAACCUCAACGAUGCAGGGAAGAAAAUGUUAACUAAAGAAAUACAAUCGAAAAAUGGGAAUGAAAAAACUGCUUCCAUGUCUGCAAAUAGUAGACACACACAAGAGGAAGGAAGUUAUCAUUUUUUAAUUAACUCAGAUGUUGUGAAAGAACCCAAGGUAAGAGCUAGUAGAGGUGUCGAGGAAAUGUCAAAUAAUAUUUUGCUCAGGGGAAACAUAUAUAAAAUUGGAAACAGAAGCGAAACUAGAAAAGGAAAGAAAACUAGAAAGAACCAACAUGAGGAGCCGCAGAUGGAGAAAAGGAAAACCCAUAAUUGUAGGGUGAAGAAGAAAAAAAAAACAGCGAGGGGGGAACCGAGCCGUCCAGAAGCAUUUAUCGGUCAUACUCAAAGAAGGAACCAACAGAGAGACAUGCACUUCCAGACAUCCUCAGGGGAAAGUUCCCUAUAUGAAAUCUCUAUAUCAGGAGAGGUGGACAUGAACUUUGACUCAGAUUCUUAUGUGGGGGGUGCCAAAUCGACCAGGAGUGGGCAUAGUGAGGGUGGAUCCAGGAAGGAGGCAAGGACACAAGCAAAGGGGGAAGCUAAGAGGGGGAUUGUUCCCAAAUCGGUUCUUCUGAAGAAGGGGACAAAUCGAGAAGGGGGCUCGACAGUUGAGAAGCGCGAGGGAAUCACCACUCGUGAGCAAUGCGCAAACCAGGGCAAGUAUGCCCAUAUAUGGGGGCUAAACGGAAUCCAAAGGAAGGGAAAUAAAAACACAAAUGCGUGUGAAAAAGGAAAGAUUCUUCUCAAUUUGAAAAAUAUGCCACCAAAGAAGAGGGAAGACACUGGACGGUUGCCACUUGGGGUAGAACCAAUUGGAGGGUUCGCACGGAAGGUAAUGAACAGGAAGAACGAACGAACUACUGGUGCCCCCUAUCGUGAGAAGAAUUGUGAACCAGUUAAGGAGAUGAUCGGAGCGGCGUCCCUUCUGGGGGGAGAAAUUCCCACUGAUGUAGAAGAAAAACACAGCGGGGUGGAAGACAAAUGGAAGGACCGCUCCACGAAAAACAAGCCCAUUACAAAAAUGGAAGAGAAAAGGAAGAAAAAAAAAAAAAGUUCCUUCUUAACGGUAGAGGACAAUGCCACACAUAGGACCCACAUACACGAAUCUAGCAGCAGAAAUAGCGGAAGGGAAACCACCAUCUCGAAUAAGCGAAAAAGUAGCGACAUGAGGAGAAAAGCAUUCGUGGAGGGGGUAGGUGACAGUUCCUCAGAUUAUGAUAUGAAAAAAAGGAGCUUAAUUUUGGAGGACCUGCUAAAAUUUAUUAAAAUGGAAAAGGUGGAAAUGGAACCAUACUCAAGCUGUAACGAGCUCAAUCAAUUUCAUUUGAAAAAAAAAGGGGAUUGGAUAAAUCGAGAAGGGGACGAAGAAAGGGCUACCAAAUGUUAUAACGUGCACAUAGUAGGGGGAAAGUAUGAAAAGGAAAAGGGUAACCAAUUGUACAGUCAAUUGGUACACCUCGCACGUGAGUCAGAGGACAGCACAGGUACGAAACACAACACAAGUACGAAGAACAGUUUACCAGUGACCACACAAGAUAAUGAAGAAAGAGCAAAUUACAAUUUUAGCUAUCCGAGUAGUAACCCACCUGGUUGGAACAUCUCAAAUAGAGAGGAGCUCACCAAAAGGGGAAAAAAAAAGGACUCUUCCAAAGGGGUAAAAAGUGGAACUGUUCCAAAAAAAGACGUGUCCAAAGGGGGCACAACAGAGGGGAAGAAAAAACGGAGUGCAUCGACUUGUUACUCAGAGGAGGCAGAAAUGAAGGUGAAGGCACAGCUGGACGCAGAAAUGGCAACCCUAACAAAGUUGAUAAAUUUAAAAAACGAACAAAACGAGGAGCUAAAAAGGUGUUUAAUAAUGCAGGAGAGUGAAAUAAAUUUGCUGCGUAAAAAGGCGCAACAGACACAUGCAAAUACAAAAAAAGGGAAGGAAAAAAAUUGGGAAAACACCACUUUUUACAAAAAUUUAAUAAAGGCUAAACCCUCCAAAUUUAUGGAGAUCAUUCUAAGUAACAAUCAGGACGUUGGAGACGGCACGCAGAUGAAGGAGACAUACGAGUCGACAGUACAGGCGGAAAAAUGUAACGUUGCCAAAUCGUUUAAUCCUUGCUUAUGUACCAGUUGUGCUGUUCCAGGGGGAAGCGAAAAUGGUUCUUUUCACUUAAAUGAUCUCAGCCAAUGUGGGGCACCCUCUCAAGGGGAAAACUCCCCCACAGAGGCUGUACAAACAGACGGAUUUUCCCCUAUGGAAUCGAAUUUAAAAUAUGGGGAGAAUCGAUGUCUUCAAAGAUGCACAUUUAGUGGAGUACCGACGGGGGGGAUAUGCUCCUACACGUGUUGCAUGCCUUUUAGAAAUUUCACAAAUCUGAUCGUCGAGGAUGCAACAAGUGACAAGUCGUGUUUGCAUGAGCGGAACGUUUCCUGUUCUCCGCCAGAGGGGACAACGCAAAAUGAUGUCUCGGGAAGGGACAAAAUUAGGGUGUCUAGUCUGCACUCAAACGGUUACCACGCCAAGGGGGUAAAAGGUACGGUAGGGGGUAGAAACAAGAAAGACACACUACCCAAGCCUAAGGCACACGCAGAGAGAAGACUAAUAAAAAUAAACGGAAAAGGAAAGUUCCAAAAGAAAGAGAUUAAAUAUAACGCACUUGCGGCGGGGGGUGAACAGGCCUUGCGAUGUGCGAAUCGGGGAAAUUUCCGAACAUUGAGCUGUGCCCAGUUGAAUGCAAAAAAAUGUGAGACAGAACAGGGGGGUUACUCAAAACGGAGGCAUAAUAUGAGUAGGACGAAUAGCAACAAAGUGGAGGCUAACUACCCUAUUACAUCCAGCACCAUAAGUGUUAAGUGCCUUCCUAAGAGAAAAACAGCUGUAACUGGGUCGGAUCGAAAAAGCUGCUUUUUUUCUUCAAGAAAUGCCAACGUGGAAAAAAAAGAGGAUUAUCAACCCAAGAAGGAGGGCCUUUUCACGAAGCUAUUUUCCUACAUACGGAAUAACAGCCUCUGUAACGAAAAAAAAAAUGACAACUGUUUGAGGAGAAAUAAAUCGACCAGCUCAAUCGUCUUCAAGAGAAAUUACGAUUUGUCUCAUCGCACGCAUGACAGAUCUCGGUCCUCCGGAAGCUUGCUUGACAGAAACGUAUCCACUGUUCAUAGAAUAAAUUGUAUUAAUGCGCCAUACCUUCGUGCCGUUACUGUAUGUGGAAAUAUGUGUGGACAAGGGGGUAACCUGACGACGGAUGAGGAAAGAAAAAUAAGCAAUUCAGGGAAACAAAAUCGGUAUGGACUGAACAACACACAUGGAAGUAGGAACCACUCGAAUGAUGGGAUUGUUACGAACCGCAUUUGCAAAGACGAGGUGAACAAAACAGUUGUGGAAAAGGGUUUUAUCAGAAGCGGCUGUAAAUAUGUGCUGAAAGGAUAUGAUGGAACCGCACUUGGAUCCCAUUCCCAUCGUGAUAUUUUUAUAAAUAAGGAAAAAGGACAACUUGUUAAUGAUUUGCAUGCCAAGGGAAAGGAUUCAUCGUUCGCAAAUAACAUGGAGCUUCAAGAGGGGGGGAACGAAAAACAGGUGAUGACUUCUGACCCAUUGAGCGGGGUGGAAGGCCCCCAAAUGGACAAAGAAAUGGCAAUUAGUCCUGAUAUCAUCGAGAAGGCAAGACAAAAAUUUUAUGCGUCGAAAAAGUGCGCAAAGUGCAACGAGGAGACGGGUGCGGGGAAGGAGGAAAAUAAAAUAAAUCCUCCUGCGUGCUUCAACAAGGUGUGUAAUAAUAGCGGAAAGAAGGGAAAGGGACACGGAGGAGCCACAAAAUUGGGGAGAGACAUCCAAACCAACCUGAAAAAGCGUGCGAAUCCCACAAAAUUGGGUAAUAACAACGCCGGCGAAACGAAACAUUUUGAAAACAACCCUUCAAAGGGGCACCCAAAUAGGCGCCCUAACGGUAACAAAAAAAGUAAAAAAGCGGAAGUUCUUAAAAAAGAAGACCAUUCAGAUGGUUCAGACGGAUCAGCUGUUUCGGCUCCUUCAGGCGACUCACCAAAGAAGAGCAACAACUUAUGGGAAAAUAACAAAUCAGAAAAGGCAAGUAAAACUUACAAAUUCUUCGUUGUGAAAAAGGGGAACGAAGCUAAGUGCGCCGUAAAAAGGGAGGAAGGCAUCCAUUUAAGGGGGCACAAUGGUGAGGCAAACAAAAAUAAAGUUAACUAUCGGGAGAAUGAUCGCUCCGUUAGUGCCGAUAAAAGGAAGGACUAUACAAAUGGGGUGACCACCUCUGACAGUGUCCAAACGAACACCAUGGAUGGUUACUCCACUUGCUCCAGUGAGGACAUAUACUUGUGGGAAAGAAAAAAAAACAGCAAGGCGCGGAAAAAGGACCUUAAUGCUGAAGGUGUAAGGAGGGGUACACACAAUGAACAAAUUGACAAGGUGGUUAAUGUUAAUGCGAAGGUGGUGAAUUCAAACGGAAAGUUGGCCAGUUCAGUUGCUCAUGUAAUUGAGAAAAUAAUUCUGAAUUAUAAAAAUUGGGAUAUGGGGGAGACAAAAAAGGGGGUCGGCGUUGGCAGUCACAGUGAUGACAGUGAUAGUGACAACGGCCACGACAGUGACAAUGACAGCAAUUACCACAACGGUAAAGGAAGUGAAGAAUCUGGCAGCGACUGCAUCAAGCAAGAUGACCUGUCUGACUCAUACACUUGCAAAAAAAAAAAAAAAAAAACUAGCCAUUUUGAACUAAAUGGGGAAAAAUUAAAAACGCAAACGAUAAGCUUAAAAAAAACAGGUGGUGCGUACACCACCUUGGGAAGACAGAGUACAAAUGAAGAUUUACAUGUGCAUACAAACGCACAAGUGAAGAAAAAAAAAAGCCAAGAUGUUAACAAGGUGUUGUGUUCAAGUAGCCAAUCGAGUUAUCCUGAGCCAAAAAUAUUUUUCCUCAAAAAUGAUGAGUCGUGCAUAAUUGUGGAGUAUCCCAACGUCAAAUAUGUUGUCGAAUGCUCUUAA